AUGAGUAAUUCUUACUACUUGCUCACGACUAAGAGUGGCCGAGGGCAACAGAGCCAGCAGACCGCAGUUCUCUCCCGAGGUCCAAAGAGCGCAGAUGGGGAGGGCCGAAGGCAACAAUGCCAGCAGAGAUAUAUGGCAGAACCUGAGGGGAUGCAGGGCAAGGCCGCAAGCAGUGACUACUGUGGCAUCACUCCAAGUGAGGAAACAUCACCUCCUAAUAUUACUCCUAAUGCUACUGAUAGUUCUGCGUUUGAGGUUACUGCUAAUUGCGUGUGUACAGACACAGGUACAACACCUAAUACAGCUCCUAUUUCAUCUACAGAGCAGGAGGCAGGCAAGACAGCCGAGGAGGCACUAGCCGAUCUGGGGAUGGAACUCGGACACCUUCAGGACAUCCUGGUGAGUCCCCCACCCCGGCCUGGGAUGCAUGAUGAGUCUGUAAUCAUAGAACAACCUAGGCCAUCCCUAAACGCCAAUCACUCAUCACCUGUGCAAAACCCAACCAUAGAGAAAGAACUUCCGGUGGGAGAUGAAAGUGAUCACUGCACCUCAUAUAACCAACAGCUGGCUCCCAUAGAUGCUUUUCUGGAAUCCAUCUCCAAAGCCACUCCCCCAACCUUUGUUAACGCAAAGACCACGGCAGAAUUUAAUCAAAAAUGGAGCCAGCCCACCUAUCAAAUGACAAAGUUCCCGCUUAGCGCAAAAGGCCAUCGCCAACUCCGGAAAGGGGACGAUUGA